AUGGUUGUGUGGGAUGCGAUGCACUCAUUGCACAGACGUUCACUGGCCUCGACGUACUGCUCUGCUACAAACAAGAGGAAUCCAUUUGAUGUUCUGUUGGGCAAAAUUGAAGUUGCGGAUGAAAGCCCAAUGUCAGCACAGGCCAGGAACUACGGUGUGCUGCCGGAGCAUGGAAUCCGCGAUGGGAAUGCAGAAGGUGUCACAUCAGAGUUGCCACUGCAAGUACUCACUAUUGAAAUCCUCUUUUCAGACUUCCAAAAUUGGCGUCAGGAGACGACCCAAUAG